AUGGAGAGAUCCUCUCGAUCGGCUCCCGAUAUCGAGGCCCGUCGAGUGUCCGUGCGAGGCCCGAACGUCGACGAGGCGAUUCCGAUGACGUCCGAAGGUGUUCAUCCGACGGGGGAGGCGAAGCGAAGACGAGUCACAUCGCGCGCACGUGGAUUCCGUGGAGACUCCCUUCGUAUUGCGCCGGUCUCCGAGGACGAGCUGCGAAUAGGCCGCUCGCCCUCGUCAGUCGCAAGGCCGAGCCGAGAUGGAUCCGUGCGGAGGCCGAAGACCCACUUCGCAAGUGGAACUUGCCGUUUCCUGCAGAAAAUCACUCAAUUCACUGCUUUCAGGAACUUGCCUGAUCGAGACUUGACAUCGGACUCAGAUCCCUUCUGUGUUCUGUUUGCCCGGAGAGGAGGAUCAUCGUCAUACGUAGAAGUAGGAAGAACCGAGGCCCUGAAAAAUAACCAAAAUCCCUCAUGGUCCAAGAAAUUCAUUUUAGAAUAUUUAUUUCAAGAAAGAUAUGAGUUGCAGUUCAAGAUAUUUGAUCAGGACAGCUCCAGCAAUUCACUUUCCAGACACGACUUUCUGGGUUUGCUGGAAUGCAGCCUGGGAGAAAUUAUUGCAUGUGGUGGGAGACAAUUCACGAGAUCACUCACUAAGGCCCUUUCGGGGCGUCCCAUUAUCACGAUCAUCGCCGAAGAGGUUGCAUCAUGCAAGGAAGAGGCUCAUAUGCAAUUCUCAGGUAGGGACCUCGAGAAAAAGGAUACAUUUGGGAAGAGUGACCCAUUCCUUGUCUUCUCUAGGUCAAAUGCAGACGGAAGCUACAGUGUGGUACACCGAACCGAGGUCAUGCCCAACACUCUCUCACCAGCCUGGAGGCCUUUCUCGAUUUCUGUCCAGAAACUGUGCAAUGGUGACUACAAUCGUUCCAUCAAGAUGGAAUGCUUCGACUGGGACACGGAUGGCACCCACGAUCUCAUUGGAGAAGCCCUCACGACCCUCACACGAUUGUCGGAAGGCCCCAACAGCAAUGGCAAUCGAUACGAGCUUGUCAACCCGCGCAAGAUGAGCAAGAAGAAGCAUUAUAAGAAUUCGGGUAUCCUGAUGUUGAGGACAUUCAAUGUGGGGUCAAAGACAAGUUUCCUAGAAUACGUGAAAAGUGGGACCCAGAUCCACUUCACGGUCGCUGUGGACUUUACUGCAUCCAAUGGGAAUCCCCAGGAUCCAAAUUCUCUUCAUUUCCGGAAUCCCAACGGGAUCAAUCCAUAUGUGAUAGCAAUCCGUGCUGUCGGGGAGAUCGUCCAGGAUUACGACACCGACAAGCAAUUCCCAGCCCUGGGUUUUGGGGCCCAGGUCCCUCCUUCGAUGCAGGUCCUCCAUGAAUUUCAUCUCAACGGUCAUCCUGAUAACCCAUAUUGUGUUGGAGUGGAUGGGGUUCUUCAGGCCUACUACAGUGCUCUCUCCAGAGUGACUCUGAGUGGACCAACAAAUUUUGCUCCGGUGAUACGGCACGUGUCUCGAAUAGCAUCUGCCAACACCAGUGGCAAGGACUACUAUAUCCUUCUCAUCAUCACGGAUGGUGCCAUCUGUGACAUGGAUGAGACAAAGGAAGCGUUGGUGCGUGCAUCCUCUCUCCCAAUGUCACUGAUCAUAGUGGGUGUUGGGAAUGCAGACUUCUCUGCCAUGGAUGCCUUGGAUGCUGACAGAAAUCCUCUCAGUUCCAAGGGUGCUCGUGCACAUAGGGACAUUGUUCAGUUUGUCGCAAUGAGAUCAUACAUGGGGAUGGAUUGGGAACGGCAGAAGGCAACCCUGGCAGCCGAUGUCUUGCGGGAGAUACCAAAUCAACUCACCAGUUACAUGGGAUCUCGUCCUCCUGUCCCUACAGGCAGUACUCAUUCUGCAUAUCUUCCAUCAGGUGGUCCUCUCAAUCCUGGUUCAUCAGCCUCUAUAUAUCCUCAGAAUCCUCCACCUUCUGCUCCAGGAUAUCCUCAGGGUCUUCCACCUUCUGCUUCUGGAUAUCCUCAGGAUCUUCCACCUUCUGCUCCUGGAUAUCCUCAGGAUCUUCCAUCUUCUGCUCCUGGAUAUCCUCCCAAUCCUACACCACCUGCUUCAGGAUAUCCUCAGUAUCCUCCAUCAUCAGCUUCAGGAUAUCCUCCAAAUCCUGCAUCGUCUGCUUCAGGAUAUCCUCAAUAUCCUCCAUCAUCAGCUCCAGGAUACCCUCCAAAUCCUGCAUCAUCUACUUCAGGAUAUCCUCAGUAUCCUCCUUCAUCAGCUCCAGGAUACCCUCCAAAUCCUGCAUCAUCUACUUCAGGAUAUCCUCAGUAUCCUCCAUCAUCAGCUCUAGCAUACCCUCCAAAUCCUACAUCAUCUGCUUCAGGAUAUCCUCAGUAUCCUCCAUCAUCAGCUCCAGGAUAUCCUCCAAAUCCGGCAUCAUCUGCUUCAGGAUAUCCUCAGUAUCCUCCAUCAUCAACUCCAGGAUAUCCUUCAGCGUCUUUUCCUGCUGGAUACCCUCCCAAUCCCUCAUCAACUGCUCCAGGAUAUCCUCCCCACCCAGCCUCAUCAUACAGUGGUUAUCCUCCCCAACCAUCAUCCUCUGUUCCUGGAUACCCUGCAGGUUCCUCGCACCCUGCUCAAGGGUUUCCUCCUGCUUCAACAUACCCACCAAAUCAACAACCCCCUCUUCCUGGUUAUCCAGGGUAUUCACAGGCCACAAGUAAUCCCGGUUACCCAAUGGGUCCACCACCCCCUGGCAAUCCAGGUUACCCACCCAACCCUGGUUCAUCAUAUCCCCACUGA